AUGUGUCCUGUAUUGUAUCAGAUGUUUGCGAACACCUUCGUGCGUUCUGCGCGUCGUGUACGUCCUUCAGCGCAAACACUUCGUCUCAGAGGCGCGAGGAAUGCUUCGACAUUGCCAGAGAAUCCACACAUUUAUGUACAUAAAGAUCCGUUCGAUCCGAGCAAACGUUUGCUAUCACUACUGCCCACCGAACCUCCCACACCACAACUCGCCAUAGGCACAUGCACUGCUCUCCCACCCACGCCCCAGAACUUCACCGAGAACCCACAGUUCCUUCCCAUCCUAUCCUCUGUGUUCGCCACACACGCCAUCUCUGACCCAUAUGUACAAUCGCAAGCAGCCGUCUACGCGUCACCAGGCGGCUCUAACCUUUCGCAACCGAACGAUGGCGCAGGCGGCGCAAAUCACCAAGGCGGCAUGGGAGGAGCAGGUCAUGGAGGUUGGAUACAUAUCAGUGAUCUGAGGAAUCCACCAGACUAUGGGCGCAUUGCGUGGCCCGAGGACAUCUUCGGCAGUGUGGAAGUUGACGGCAAUGGUCAUUUUAGUGGAGGAGACGGAGGCUGGCAGAACAGUGGGACGUACCGCGUUGUGACGAGGGAGGGCAUUUUGGGAUUGACUGACUUUAUGCGAGGAAAAUUGGUAGAGAAGCUACUGGAUCUAGAGAGGCAGAUUAAGCGGAACUCGUAG